AUGACAUCAUCAACUUCAAGAUCAUCAACUCUCUUGUUCAAGAGACAAUUCUCCCAAUUAAACAACAGAUUGAACAAAUGGAAUGAUAUCCCAUUAGCUCCACCUGAUAAGAUUUUAGGUAUUUCUGAAGCUUAUGUUAAAGAUUCAAAUUCUAAUAAAAUUAAUUUAGGUGUUGGUGCUUAUAGAGAUAAUGAUGGUAAACCAAUCAUUUUCCCAUCAGUUAAACAAGCUGAAAGAAUAUUACUUGAAUUAGAAGUUGAAAAAGAAUAUACUGGUAUUACUGGUAAUAAAAAUUAUCAAUCAGUAGUUAAGAAUUUCGUAUUUAAUAAUUCUGAUAAAGAUAUUAAUGGUAAACAAUUGAUUGAAUCAGGUAGAAUUGUUACUGCUCAAACCAUUAGUGGUACUGGUUCUUUAAGAGUUAUUGCUGAUUUCCUUAAUCGUUUCUAUACUUCCAAAAAAAUCUUGGUUCCAAAACCAACUUGGGCUAAUCAUGUGGCUGUAUUUAAAGAUGCUGGUUUAGAUCCAGAAUAUUAUAAUUAUUAUGAUACUACUCAAAAUGAUUUAGAAUUCGAUAGUUUAAAAUCUUCUUUAUUAAGUCAACCAGAUGGUUCCAUUGUUUUAUUACAUGCUUGUUGUCAUAAUCCAACUGGUAUGGAUCUUUCAAGUGCUCAACAAGAUGAAGUUUUAGAUUUAAUUCAACAAAAAAAUUUCUAUCCUUUAAUUGAUAUGGCUUAUCAAGGUUUUGCUUCUGGUGAUCCAUAUGAAGAUAUUGCUUUCAUUCGUAAAUUAAAUAAAGCUGUGGUUGAUGGUCAAAUCCCAUCUUAUGCUUUAUGUCAAUCAUUUGCUAAAAAUAUGGGUCUUUAUGGUGAAAGAACUGGUUCAAUUUCAAUCAUUACUGAAUCAGCUGAAAAAUCAGUCGCUAUUGAAUCUCAAUUAAAGAAAUUAAUUCGUCCAAUUUAUUCAUCUCCUCCAAUUCAUGGUUCAAAAAUUGUUGAAACCAUCUUUAAUGAAAAAUAUAAUUUAUUAUCAAGUUGGUUAGGUGAUUUAAAUGCUGUGGUUGGUAGAUUAAAUACUGUUAGAGGUGAAUUAUAUAAAAACUUGGAUAAAUCAAACUAUAACUGGGAUCAUCUUUUAAAACAAAGAGGUAUGUUUGUCUUUACUGGGUUAACUUCUGAACAAGUUAUUAAAUUAAGAACUGAUUAUUCCGUUUAUGCUACUGAAGAUGGUAGAUUCUCUAUCUCUGGUAUUAAUGAUAAAAAUGUUCAAUAUUUAGCUGAUGCCAUUAAUAAAGUUAUCAAGAAAUAG